AUGGUUGUACUGGGCUUCAUUGCGAACCGCUGGCCGGGCAAGAUUGGCUCCGUGGCCGGUGCCAUGAUGGGUGUCGCCGCCGCCAUACUGAACGACAGCUGGCUAGUAGCCUCGACCACAAACUGCGCCGCCGGCUUCCAGGCGCUGCCGCCCGCGCGCGCUCUUUUGCACGACAUGGUGUCCCUGGCCAUCUGCCUCGGCGGUCUCAUUCUUAUUAUCUUUACCGGCGCGCGGUCCGUCAACAAGGACGACGACUACGAGUUUCAGCGACUGCUCGACGACGAGCAGUUUGGCGAGGCGUACACGCUGCGACGGUUGAUGAGUGCGGCUCACUGGUUCUUGGUGGGGGUCAUGUAA